AUACCCUUUUUUUAAUGGAAAAAAGAACUACAUGUUACACAUGCACGUACAUGUAUGUACGUUCAUACAUGAACAGGGUUUCCAACUAUAACAAAAACAGCAUUUUAAACAUUGCAGCUGGCAGACUCUAUACUUUCGUUUCUAGGCCAGCCUAAAUAUAGCAAAUAAAAAUUUUCACAACAUUACGAAAAUUUUCAAUUAUGAUUCCAAUGUUUUACAACUUUACUGCAAACUCCUCGGCAUUGCAUAGAAAAUUAUUGACAGUUUACAAUAUGAGAGGUAACGACAUGCAUAAUGGACUAUUCCAUAAAUUGACACUAUCGGCUGUCAUCGUCUUCCUGGUAGUGGGUUGUCUGUGUUAUAAAUCUCACGACCAACCUUUCUGGAAUUCUGCAUUCGACCCGUUUGCGGUUGUUCAAAACGAACUAAGUUAUGAGCUGAUUUUUGUGACAUUGGGCUUAAUCGAUGUGAUUAUCGGAGAAACGCUAGUCAGAUUGUUCGUGUUCAUCGAAGAACUAAUCUACAUAAGAAGCCGGUACGAUGGCAGAAUCUAUUCCGUGAUUCAGCAAAGUUUUAGUUCAAAGACGUAUGUACCAUUCCUGACAUUGCCUAUUCUGGUAGCCAUGAUGACGUACAUGAAUCUCACGGGGGCCGGAAUGUCCGUGGUGGGGCGGAUUAUGCAAACUAAAUGGAACUAUGCCUUCCUUAUUUCUAUUUCAUUAAUAUCUUAUCUCCUCCGACUACAUAGUCCAACACGUGCACAUAUGAGCAGAAUUAUUCAAGAACAAAAACUGAAUGUUGGCCACGGUUUCGCCUGGUCUUUUUACUUUGGAUAUCUAAGACUUAUAAUUCCUGGUUUGCAAUCACGCAUUGAAUCAUGGACGCAAACCAAGGAUUUAACCAAGAAAUAUAAAAUAAUACCAAAAUUGUACGUUCUCGUCCCCAAAUCUUGCUACUGUCCACCAUCAUUAACCACCGCCGACCCCCAGUUGAGAGUGGCGGGGGUAACGCCCUCCUUUGUAGCCAAUAGAGCGGGCAAUCAACGCCGAGAAUAUAAAAACACCGUAUAUUGCUUUGAAGCUGACGGAACGGAUUACUAUUGUUUAGUAGAAUACGCCACGCCAAUUUUGUCUCUUUAUGAAAUGAGUAAUAGCGAGGAAGCCGGUUUAUCAUCCUACGAGAGACUCCAACAAAUGGAUACUUUUGUGUCAACUUUGCAGGAGAUAAUCAAUUCUAAUCCUAGCACCAAGAAUCACUGCAGUCUCGUGGUCUUUGAUGAUAAAAAGGCUGAUGGACGGGAACAGUCAAUAACAGCUUUGUUGAAAGAAAGGAUUGAGCUUGAUUUGAGUGAACAAGCAGUGACCCGAACUCUUUGAGACAUUUACAAAUUUUUUGCAUCGUUGUCGCUUUCGUUCACAAUAUAUUCCUACCCUUAUUGUACAUACUGUCAUCCAUUGGAAUACUCAGAUGUGAUUAGAUAAUGCAAAUAAAUAUUGUAAUUUU